AUGGCUCUCCUCACUUCCGGCGACACGGGGGCCAACUUCUUUACCCUCGAGAAGCUCCAGGAGGUCCUGACACCGGAGUCGUCGUAUUUGCUGAAGGCGCCAGGCCAGGGAGGCAAGAAUGCAGUUCUCAACUUGGCGGCGGGCCUUGACGUCGCCCUGCUGGAGAAGGACGCCGUGGCGGACUUGGCCGGCAUGGACGCUGUCUUCGCGGAACUGACGACGCUGGCGGACAGCAUUCGUAGCCUCCACGCCGGCCAGGGAGAGCUGGACAAGGACAAGAGCCGGCAGGGGGCGAAGGACUUGCUCCGCCAUUUCGGACACAAGUCGUCCGCAGAGGAGCGCCUGUCCAAGUACGCCGCUCUUGCGGACGCAGGCAGCCGCCUCGCCAUGUGCGCCUUCGCGUGCAUGGAGCUGACGGCGUUGACGGUCGCCCCCAAAGAGUGGGGGAAACACCUGCGCUCCGGGGCCAUCGACAAACAGCACGCCGCCUGGGGCAAGUUCGCCGCGAAGCCGAACCUGGAGAACCUCGCCCUCGCUUUCGCCGCCGGCAUCAAGAAGGACUCCGAGGAGAAGGGCAUGAAGAAGAAGAAGUUUGCCUUUGGGGUCACUGGCGAUGACUCCGCCGCAAGCGACGCCUCCUCGGGCUCGGACUCCUCGAGCGAGAGUGCGUCCUCGUCGAGCCAGAAGGCCAAGACUAAGAAGAGGGGCUCGAAGAAGGCUGCGAAGAAGAGCAAGGGCACCAAGAAAAAGAAGAGCAAGAAGGCGGCCAAGUCCGACGACUCCUCCGACGAGGACUUCAGCGACUCGCCGGAGAAGAAGGCCGCGGAGAAGAAGAAGAAGACGUCUAAGGCGAAGAACGGCAAGAAGGACAAGAAGAAGGACAAGAAGAAGGCUAAGGUCUCCGACUCCGACUCCGGGACGAGCGAGAAACCGAAAGAGAAGGGCAAGAAGGAGAAAAAGGAGAAGCCGGACGCGGGUGUGGAGCCAGAUGCGAAGAAGCUCAAGGCAGACGACCUCUCCCCGAAGGAGCGCGCCUUCACGACCUGGGCUUUGUCGGACGCACAGGCAGCCGCAGCGAAAGCCGAGACCUACUUGGCCGGCGACUACAAGCUGGCCGACCUCAAGGGUCUCUUUGCAGAGGUCCCGGCUCUCGUCCGUGACUUCGCUGGUGUGUCGCAAUUCGCGGUGGAGCUGCAGAAGAUGACGUCGGCGCCGGCCAUGAGCACGGCGCGGGAGCCUCUGACGGCUGUGAAAACGACUGGCGUGCUCUGCGAGAAGUGGUACGCCUCGCAGCAGACCGCCGGCAGCGCCUCCGGAGCUGCGAGCGGCGGGGCAGCCCCGGCGGCGCCGACAGCAACGGCGGGCUCUGCGGCGGAGCCACCCGCCACGGGGGCCAUGGCGGCGCCGAAGGGCGCCGCGGAACCGAAGAAGGAGCAGUGA